AUGAGCUCUGUAGAGGGGUCUUUCAAGCUAUCGCCAGAUAUAUUAUAUAUCGUCUGUUCCUUCACUUCUAGAGGGACCCUCUUCCAGCUCAGACUCACUUCUCGAGCGCUCAACCAAGCGGCAACAUUCUGGGCAUUUAGGCAUGUUCGCCUUGACGCGCGCACCAAGGUACCUCGACGAUUCGUUGAACUUGCGCAAUGUCAGAAACUGCGUCCCCUCGUACAAGAAAUCACCUGCGACACCUGGAUCGGCCCGCACCAUCAGUAUGAGGGUGUGUACACCUACAAAAUUCCCGCAGACUUCAUGAACGCUUUGCCCUACCUGCGCUAUUUCCACGGCCUCAAGGCACUGCAUCUGCGAUUCAAUGAAUGCUGUGGAGACGAGAACCGAGCUUGGUCCAUCCCGGUGGAAGAGACAUGGGACUUCAGGUUUCGAGUUCUUGAUACCGUUUUCCAAUGUUUAGCAGGGACCUGGAGUCCAGAAAAACAGGAGGAAACGGAUAAGGGAUUGGCAUUGGGCUUUGAAGCUGUAUACACGACACCAGAACUGGAGGUUGACAACCGAACAAUGUCGCCAAUCCGCCUGAAUUCGUUGACCAUUUCCAACUUGGCCGAUUAUCAUGAUGAGCGCCUUGCAAAUUCUGAUGCAUUCAAGCGAGUCUUGUCUUCACAUACUCUCGUCGACCUCAAACUGUUGAUUUCUACUCACGCUAAAGAAAAUUUGAGGGUUCUGUCAUUGUAUUUUCAAAACUACUGGGGCUGGUGCCCAAAGAUGGAUUUUCGGGCUGUCAAUCCUGGGAGAGGGCCAAGUUCAGGCUUUCCUCAAUUGAAAGUACUCGCACUUGGGAACUUCACCUUCAGCCAUGAAUGGCAGAUCGGAUGGAUUGCAUCAUUAGGCCAGAACAACGGAUCUGGAGGAUUGGAAGAACUCUAUCUCGACGACUGUCCAAUUCUAUACAAAGCUCAUCAGUUGUCACCUAUGGACGAGAGCGAGACGAUGCUAGGUCAUGAUGAAGAUGGGAACAUGAUCUCCGUGUCUAAUCACGGCUAUCCCAUUAAAGAAGUCGUGGCACACCGAGCGGCAGGAGGUCCUAGUAACCUCAGGCUCCGCGGCCUCCCUACUCAGACACAAGAACAUGCCAUUAGGUGGUUUCAUGUCUUCCGACAGUGGCAAGAACGAAUGAAAGGCCUCAGAGUCUUUCGAAUGGGUCAUGGAGUAUGGCACACCACACCAGCAGAUACUUUCAACGCUUGCCGAUCGGAUGAAUCAUUUGCUCAUGUAAACAGCAGAAUACUAGCGCGGAGGGUUCAAGACAACGGAUUUCGGUCUUUUGACUGUCCUGCCCCAAUGACGCCACAACCCGAGUUUGAUGACUGGUUGUGGAACGAAAGACUAGUUGAUUCAAGCAAUCCCAAAUACCUGAAUGGCACGGAGGAAUCGACCAUCGACCAGGACGACGCGGCUUUCGAAAUGUUCCUUUCUGUAGUGCAAUCAAGGCAUAAUACUGUGGACGGAUGA